GAUGCCAACGAACUUGGAGGGGAUUUCGUAGCAACUAGCAACCUCAAACCAACGCUCAAGGGUUCGUAUCGCUGUUCUGCGUCUCGUGGAGGGAGAGAGAGAUAGAGAGAGAGGAUGACGACGGCAACAUCGAGCAUCGUGUCACAGCCGACGCCAUGGCUGACCACUUCACUCAUUUCUCCCUAUAAAACCCAGUCUUGUUCGCAAAGCUUCACCGUCGUCUCCUCUUCUCUCUUUACGACAUCGCCAACCGCAGCUAACCUCUCUAGGUCUCUUACUCUAGCUCGGGGAUGCUCAUGGAUGCAGGACAAUUCCAUGGGCUAUGACACCACCAGCAACAGAAAAUUGAGACAGGGCCCUUUACAUUCGGUGUUUUCCACUACACCUGCAGUGGUUUCCUCGGUGCAAGACCUUUACGAAUUUAUAUGCUCAGGUCCUCUCAUAGAAAAAACGGGUUUGACACCAGAAAUGGUUGCAGAGAGUAUUGACAGGUGGUUAGAAUGUGGGCUUUACCUGUGUAGAUUAUUCCAACUCAAUGAGCUUAACUUAACAGUCCCUCAGAAAGCUAGGAUCUAUCACUACUAUAUACCUGUAUUUUUCUGGUGUGAAGAUCAGAUUUCACAUCACAGGUCGAUGUUCAAAGAUGGAGAAGACAUCCCUCCUUUAGUGAUUGGUUUUAGUGCUCCACAGGGAUGCGGAAAGACUACACUUGUUUUUGCCUUAGAUUAUCUUUUUAGAUGCACUGGAAGGAAGUCUGCAUCUGCAACAAUUUCUAUAGAUGAUUUUUAUUUGACAGCUGAGGAUCAGGCUAAAUUGAGAGAAGCAAAUCCCAGCAAUGCGCUUUUAGAGUUUCGGGGGAAUGCUGGAAGCCAUGAUCUUCAAUUUUCCAUUGAAACAUUGACAGAUCUAAUGAAAUUGACAAAAGAAGGCUUGAAGAUGAAGCUGCCACGAUAUGACAAAUCUGCAUAUGGUGGGAGAGGUGACAGAGCUGACCCUUCAACAUGGCCAGAGGUUGAAGGGCCAUUGACGGUCGUACUGUUUGAGGGUUGGAUGCUUGGUUUCAAACCCCUUCCGGUGGAAGUUGUUAAAGCUGCUGACCCACAGCUGGUGGCUGUGAACAAAAACCUUCAAGCUUAUUAUGAUGCAUGGGACAAGUUCAUAAAGGCAUGGGUUGUAAUCAAAAUUAAGGACCCAAGUUGUGUCUAUGAGUGGCGAUUGCAGGCAGAGGUUGCCAUGAGAGAGGAAGGCAAACCUGGGAUGUCUGAUGAAGAGGUUAUGGAUUUUGUUUCACGUUACCUACCAGCAUACCAUGCUUAUCUUCCAACACUAUAUUCAGAAGGACCAAAUGGAUCUGAUCCCGAACAUCUCCUUGUUGUUGAAAUUGAUGAAAAGAGGAAUCCCAUCUUGGGUAACUAGUUGGCAGCAUUUAGGCUACAAUAUUAGAGGCCAUUUUUUGAUUGUCUUGGACAAGGUGUAACGGUUUCAGCCAAUGACUGACAAUAGACACCCACUGGUGAAGCCAUCCCUGAAUUCAAUGUAUAAAUGCAUUAAUGUGAAUAAGAAAUGGUUGUAUGAAAGGGUUUUUUCUUCAA